CAAUGGAGACGAGGGAUCCUGAAAAAUGACUCCAGCGUUGGUGUGACGACAGUGACCGGUGCGUAUAAAUGCUGAGACGGAAAGUUAUCCGCUCAUACCUCUAGACUUGGCCUUUACAGGUCAACAACCGCUGCGAGAGGCUGAGAGCGACCAUAUCAUCCCUGCCGGAGGUGCGCUCAACUGUGGCUGGGAACGUGCAGAGUUUGGAUACCUCCCAGACGACCAAAUAACUUACCAUGAAGUCGACAUGUCUUCUCAUAUUGGCUUCCCUCGUGCUCUGCAACUUGGCGGUGUCUGGAGGACAGGGCAUCCCCGCUGAGGAUGAGACGGACCGAAGGACUAUAGACGACAUCAUACUACAGAGAGCAGAGAGUCUCCUGUUACAGUCCAUUCUCAAAAAGAUGCAGGAUGAAGACGACAGAAACGAGGGAUUUUCAUCUCAGCCAGAAUGGGUGACAAAACGACAGCAUCCCGGCAAGAGAUACAUCGAGGAUUUGGAGAAGCGGCAGCAUCCGGGGAGGAGAGAAGAAGACGAGGACGAUCAGUACUUGGACGUUCAAAAGAGACAGCACCCGGGAAAACGCGAAGACGAAAUGCACUCGUUCGCAGAGCUCCAGAAAAGACAGCACCCGGGGAAGCGCGCCACGAUGGGACACAUUUCUGACAACCCCGUCGUACUCCUGAGUGAACUUUCUAAACGACAGCACCCCGGCAAGCGCUACCUGGUGCUGCACAGCAAACGCCAGCACCCAGGUAAGCGCCAUCCCGAGGAGGACGGGGACGGCGACGGGGAAUGGGAUGGCGCGGAUGGAGACGAAGACCUCCCGGAGUUGGAAAAGCGUCAACACCCCGGAAAACGGUUUUGGGAUAACUCGAGUCCGGAUUUGGGCACAAACAGUCCGUGUGAUGUAUUGGACCCUACGGGCUGUAGCAAGACCAGCCUGCUGCUCGACUUUUUAGACAACAUUAACAAGAGUCACGCCGAGGAGAAGAGACAACACCCGGGUAAAAGGUUUGCACUCGAGGAGGAUUUAGAGGAGGGGGAGUAGGUUAAGGAGAACAAGCUCCCGUGUGCGUAUACUGUUGUAAUGUAAACAAAUAAAUGUGUAAAUUAAGUGACCAUAAUGAAUUAUUAAAAAUGAAAAAAUAAUUUACAUCAUUUAACCUUUUGUGCCACUGUUUUUUUUUCCUUUGGAAAACAGUUACCGUAUCAUCAUCGCAAAUUAUUUAUCCGCUGUUUCCUUGGAGAGCUUGUGCGUAAUUGUCCUCCAAACUGACUGUAUCGCUAUAAAUAAGGUUUUCAUAAAGAGUGCGUGCCCUAUGUUGAAUUUUACUGAUGAAUUAUUAUUAUUAUUAUUAUAUCAUUAUUUAGUAUUUAUUCACUUAAUUAGGCUACUUAUCGAGUCCAAGGAUGAAAGCAUCAGUCUACUGGCUUUUGCGAUGUCGCCUCUGUGAGGCAACAUACGCCUGUCAGUACAGUACAUGCUUGAAUUAAAUGUGGCUGCGUUACACUUAUGCAUAGAAACUACAUUCACUGACUGAUUUGUGUUUCAUUCUUUUCUACUUAAAAAAAGAUAAUGAAUGCCACAGCAAAUAAACUGUCACUGAUUAUUUUUCUACACAUUAUUGCAUGGAUUUAUGUAACCUGAUGUUGUAAAUUAAAAGCCACCACCAAUGUUUUUGUUGGACAAUAAAGCACAUUGGUAAAAAUG